CUGCAUCUCACACCGUAACAUCUCUCUCUGUCUACCACAACCACAACAAUGCCAGAACCACAGCAGAUCCCCCUCGAGACGUUCGACACGACCCUCAAGUCCAAGUACACUGAGGUCUCGACGUCGGCGAUCGGCGGGCAGGUCCUCGCGUGCAGCGACGACUUUUUCGCCUCGCGCGACAACCUCAUCAAGCCUGGCCCCUCGGCGUCGAUGAAGGGCCAGUUUGGGCCCAAUGGCGCGCUGUACGAUGGGUGGGAGAGCAGGCGGCACAACGAGGCGAGCGACUGGAUCAUCAUCAAGCUCGGCCCCGCCGAGUCCCACCUCGACUACGUCGACAUCGACACGAGCCACUUUAGCGGCAACGAAGCGCCCCAGUCUGCCGUGCUCGGCGUCCACGGCGCCGACGUCCCCCUCACCCCCGACGACAGCCGCUGGGAGGAGCUCUUGCCGGUGGUCACGCUCGGCCCCAACUCGCGCCACAUCUUCGAGCUCAACGCCAAGGCCAAGGAGGGACUUUGGAGCGGCGUCCUGGUCCGCAUGAUCCCCGACGGCGGCAUGGCCUCGCUGACGCUCGGCAAGGCUCGCUUCCGCGCGUAUGGCCGCCCCGCCCCGCCGACGCUGUACACGGCCCUGCCUGACCCCGACACGGCGCCCGUCAACCUCCUCUCGCCCCUGAUCGGCGGCCACAUUGUCGGCUGCUCGGACGCCAAUUUCUCGCCCCCGGGCAACCUCCUCCUCGAGGGGCGCGGACACGACAUGAGCGACGGGUGGGAGACGCGCCGCAGCCAGGAGGGCCGGGGCAAGUACGCUGCUGGGCAGCCUCUGGCGGGCAAGGAGCGCAAGGAGUGGGUUGUCGGCAAGCUCGGCGCCGCCGGCGUGAUCCGUUAUGUCGAGGUCGACUCGGCGUUCCACGUCGGCAACUACCCCGUCGCGGUGCAGGUCGAGGGUACGCUCUCGGACGCCGAGGUGCCCCCCGAGGACGCCGAGUGGACGGUGAUUGUCGCCAAGAAGCCCCUCGGCCCCCACCGCCAGCUGUGGCUCGCGACCGAGCGCAACGUGCCCGAGUCGCAGGUGUUCAGUCACGUCCGCGCCAGCAUCUACCCCGACGGCGGGCUCAAGCGCUUCCGCGUGUUCGGCUUCCCGAUCGCCAAGGGCGCCAAGCUGCAGGAGCCCGCAAAGAUCACCAUCACGGCCAUGCCGCUCACGUACGAGGCGUUUGCGCCGUACGGCCAGGUGAUCCAGGCGUGGGACAAGGACACGAGCGCGCCAAAGGGCAUCCAGGUCAACAUUGCCAACCAGGGCACGGCGUUCAAGUUCAACCGCCUCGCCAAGGUCGAAGAGACGUACCCCGACGGCAUCCUCAAGCGCGGCGGUGUCGCGCUGGCGUGCAUGCGUGCCGGGCCGCAGUUUGACGUGCGCAACGGCGCCACCAUCCCAGUCGUCAAGCUCGAGCGCCACGCGGCGACAACGCAGGCGUUCAUCCCGAUGGGCACUGGCCAGCCUGCCGGCCAGGAGCGCCACAAGCAUGGUGGCGCGUACGUCGUCCUCGCUGCGCACAACGGCGAGAACGACGAGCCGGAUCUCUCCACGCUGCGCGCGUUCCUCGCCACGGGCGCCCAGGGCGUCAGCUACAACGCUGGCGUGUGGCACCACCCCAUGCUGACGGUCAACGAGUGGAUGGACUAUGCGUGCGUGGACGCGCAGUCGGGCGACGACGGGCUCAAGAUUGACUGCGAGACGCUCGAGAACGACUGGUUCAACGUGUACAUCCCGCCGUAUGAGCCCCCCACCGUCCCCGACGAGCCUGUGGCGCCGGCACCAAGCGUCGCGUCCAAAUUCGCGUCGUUCCUCGCGCGCGGCGACGGCCUGAUCCACCCCGAGCCAAUCACGCACGAGGCGUUUGCGCCGUUCGGCGAGCUCGUCCGCGCGUACCCCAACAAGGCGGAUGCGCCAGCAGGCGUCCUGCACGGCGGCAACCCGGCUCUCAACAUCGCCAAGAUCUCGUGGCUGUCCAACCUGUCCGAGAGCUACCCCGCCGACGCGAACGCCACCACGUCCAUCGGCGUGUACCGCGCCACGCCCAAGGAGGGCUGCGACAGGGGCAAGGUGUUCGACGUGCGCCACAUGGAGCGGCACCCGUACACGUCGCAGGCGUUCAUCCCGAUGGGCAAGGCCGAGUGGCCGGGCAAGAGCGAGCCCAUGCUCCCGCCCAAGGGAACGUUCCUCGUGCUCGUCGCCGAGGGCGGCGCAGACGACCGCCCCGACCCGGCCACGCUCAAGGCUUUCACGAUGGAGUCGGGCACCGCGCUCAACUACAAGGCCGGCACGUGGCACCACCCGGUUAUUAUCCUCGACGGGACGCUCGACCUCGCGUGCAUCGAGACGCAGAUCGCCACGGGGGUGAAGGGCAGCGAUCCGCGAGACUGCGAGCUGCUUGUGUAUGACGGCGAGCCGUUUGCAAAGGUCGCCGUGCCGGAGUAA